AUGGCAGCGGUCAGGCAACGAAUCGAAAGGGGAGCCUAUAACUUUGCACACAAAACAAGUAACCGUUACCUCCUGAAAAGUCAGAACAAGCAAGGUGAAAGUGCAGUAAAAGCUUCGUCUCUGUCGGCGGGGUUUCUGUUGGGUGAUAUCCGAAAUGGCGAACUGUGUGGAGCCGAAAAUGCAGCGGACGGAGUGACUGUUGGAGCCUCACAGGACAGUUGCACAAGGUUAACAUUAACAUCACUGUUUGGUAGUGUUUGUGGGAAUGGAGAUGUCGCUGAAUGUUACCAUCUUGGACGUAUCAAAGAGUGUUCAUUUCCUACCAAGACCCCGGUUCAAAGUAGAGGAAGAAAUCUUCUUCGGUACCGAAGUUAUGUCAAGUUUCGGAGGUCUGCUCAUCGACUACAGAGCCUCGGUAGUCGGUGUUUGUGUUGGGGACAUGGACAGUUUGUGUUUAUCAGAGCCUACAGCGGCUACGAAACCCGACCCGAGCCCCUUUACAAAACCAAAACAGGUUAUUAUGACAUCCUGGAGGUGUCGCCCACCGCCACUCAAGCCCAAGUAAAAACAGCCUAUUACAAGCAGUCCUUCAUGUACCACCCGGACAGAAACGCCGGCAGCGAGGAGGCCACUGUCCGCUUCUCUGAGAUCAGCGAGGCCUACACCGUGCUGGGCAACAAGUCACUGAGGAGGAAGUAUGACCGGGGCCUGCUGAGUCCGUCAGACCUCGUCGCAACAACCAGACCCUCUGGUAAGGACACCACAGGGAGCACCGCCAAACGGCAAUCCGAGAGCCGACGGUCUGUGAUGGGCACAGAGGGCCGAGGAGGCAUCUUUGAUUUCGACAAGUUUUUCAAGGCCCACUACGGCGAGCAGCUGCAGAGAGAGAAGGACGCCAGGUUGCGCAAAGAGGAGAUGCUGAAGAACCAGAAGCAGGCGAGGGGGGAUAAGCUGGUCGGGAUAGUGGAGAUAGGAGUUGGGGUGAUGAUCGGGGUGGCCUUUGUAAUAGUCAUCAGCAUGAAAGGCAGAUGAAGGAUGCACUGAGGAGGAAUUCUGAGCAUCUUAAUGGAAAUGUGUUGUGCAUCGUCACGACCUUUCACACUACAAAAAACACUGCUCACAUGGCUGUCGAAGACUGUCUUGACCUGACCUCUGAGCUCUCUAUUUAUUACUUGUGUUCAAUGUAACACUGUGCAAUAGUGCGACUUUCAAAAAGCUGCUCGUAAGGUUAAACUGUAGUACAUGUACAUACAUGUGCAUAUGUUUCAGUUCUUCAGUCUGCAAUCAUGCAACUCUGUGCAGUACUUCUCAUUCAGCGCAGUAUUCAUUGACUGUUGAGUCACACAUGUGAUACCCAGCAGCAGGGUUAUCUUUUCUCACCAAAUCAGCUUUUUUUUUCUUUUUCAGUGCUUCACUGUGAGGAAUUCUUCUUCUUUGUUGCUUUUAACAAAAGUAGUCAAACUACUACAAAUGUUAAAUGUGGCAGCCACACUAGAACACAAUGAAAUUGUUUAAAAAUGACAAAAUAAUUUGAAUGAGUCAGGGCCCAGAAAGUAUUGAUUAAUUAGCACAGUAAUUACUGUUCUGUAAGCUGUGGUGUCACAGCUUCACUCCUUUAGUUUUUAUAAAGUCAUCUGUCCAUCAGAUGUCUUUAUUUUCAACGGUGAAGUGAGUUUUAGUUCAUUUAAUGUAUUGCUCUGUAUAAAACAUUUGUCACAAUAUAAGGAAGUAAAGGAUGUGUGUAUCAGUCGUUUCUUGAGAGCCCAGUACACAGGGGCACUACAGGAACUGUAGGUCUGUGCUCAGGUGGUUAAAGUUAAAGAAUGUGCCUUGAAUGACAUUUAUUGUUAAAAUCAAUGGCUGUAUUGUCCUGAUAUUGAACCAAUAAAUGACUUAUGAGCAG